AUGCUGAUGCCCCUGAGUGGGCUGCUCUGGUGGUGGUGGUGGUGCUGCUGCUGUGCCUGGUACCCCUGUGGAUUGUGCGCCCCGGCUCCCCAGAUGUUGCGCCACCAGGGUCUCCUCAAGUGCCGCUGCCGCAUGCUCUUCAAUGACCUGAAGGUUUUCCUACUGCGGCGCCCCCCUCCAGCGCCCCUGCCCAUGCACGGCGACCCCCAGCCCCCCGGUUUGGCGGCCAACAACAACACCCUUCCGGCUCUGGGUGCCGGGGGGUGGGCAGGCUGGAGGGGCCCUCGAGAAGGGGUGGGCAGGGAGACCCCUCCUCUGCCACCUCCUCCACCUUUGCCACCCUCUGUGGAAGAUGACUGGGGUGGAACAACCACAGAGCCACCUGCCUCACUGUUCAGCAGUGCCUCCUCAGAUGACUUCUGUAAGGGGAAGCCUGAAGAUCGCUACUCACUGGGCAGCAGCCUGGACAGUGGUAUGAGGACCCCGCUCUGCCGCAUCUGUUUCCAGGGGCCAGAACAGGGGGAGCUGCUGAGCCCGUGCCGCUGUGAUGGCUCAGUCAAAUGCACGCACCAGCCUUGCCUCAUCAAGUGGAUCAGCGAGCGGGGCUGCUGGAGCUGCGAGCUGUGCUACUACAAGUACCACGUCAUUGCCAUAAGCACAAAGAAUCCUCUGCAGUGGCAGGCCAUCUCUCUGACAGUCAUCGAGAAGGUUCAGAUUGCAGCUGCCAUCUUGGGUUCCCUCUUCCUCAUCGCUAGUAUCUCUUGGCUCAUCUGGUCGACCUUCAGUCCCUCGGCAAAAUGGCAGCGCCAAGACCUCCUCUUCCAGAUCUGCUACGGGAUGUAUGGAUUCAUGGACGUGGUGUGCAUAGGUCUCAUCAUCCACGAGGGACCCUCCGUGUACCGCAUCUUUAAACGGUGGCAAGCUGUCAACCAGCAGUGGAAAGUGCUGAACUAUGACAAGACAAAAGACCUGGAGGAUCAAAAGUCAGGAGGCAGGACAAACCCCCGGACCUCCUCAUCCACCCAGGCCAAUGCCCCUGCCUCAGAAGAGGAGGCCACGGGCACCCCUGCCCCUGAGGAAGGCCCUGCCCGGGCAGCCAGCCACCCCUCAGGCCCUCUCUCCGAUCACCACUGUGCUUACACCAUCCUGCACAUCUUGAGUCACUUACGACCUCAUGAACAGCGGACCCCCCAGGGCGGCAGCCGAGAGCUCGUCAUGAGGGUCACGACAGUGUGA